ACAGCCGCACAAUCGAUCAGUCAUUCAAGAAGUAUCAUUCACAGAACAUUGUAAUCAAUAGCAUUAUUCAAUAACAAUUCUACCUCAAUCAAUGGACUGAUCAUUAGAGAGUAGGGCUAGGAUAGGGCCUAGACUAUUUUGGUGAAAAUGGCGACCAGUGAUGUGGAAGAUCUUUACAAACGACUGCAGACAUUUCAACUGCAGUUGAAGGUGAUCCUAGAUAGAAAUGAAGGUGUCCUUCAGCAUCUUGAACACAUUGAGGUUGCAGUAAACUCCAUUGACAAUUCUGGAUUGGACCAAGCCCUGUUUACACAAAGUCUACAGAUGUGCCAAGACUCGAGCAAACAGGUCCAUGAGAUUGCAGAGAGUCAAUGUGCAGUUCUGGAGGAGCAGAUUAAGGAGUUAGUCCGUCACAGUGACGACGACAAGUACGCCGGACUAAACAGGGUGUCUGAUACCACUAUGUCCUCGGUGCGUCAGCAGUUAAUCACGCAGCUGGACUUCAAUGUAGAGCUGCAGAAGGACAAGGCAGAGCUGGAAGCCAGACUAGCCGAGCAGCUGGCCCGGACGUCUGAGAUUGAUCAAACCAAUCAAGAGCUACAUAGCGACGUGGAAGAGUCGCAGAAGAAAAUGAGAAGCGUACUGGAUAGAUUGGACAAAACUGCUAAAGAUGCUGAAGACAGAUUGGACAGUCUCGAGACAGAAACAAAGAAAGCUCAGAAGACAUCAGAGGAAUUUCAGAAACUGUACGAGACCGAAAAGGCCAAAAAUGAAGAUAAUGAGAAGAGCAGAACUGACAUUAAUUCAAACACAUUAACAAGGAGGAGGAAAAAGAGUGCAAAGUCAACCCGGGAAUUGACUCCUAUGUCCCUUCAGACCCGUAAUUCACCAACACAGCCCUAUCUCUUCCAGGCGCCGAUGUCCAUGGCUAAAGCAGCCGGCCAAAUGCGACCACAAAACAUGGAUCCCAAGUACUUGUGUCUUGUGGAUGAGAACAAAGAUCUUCACAGCGAGGUGAGGAGAUUGCGAGAUGAGAACACCACUCUGAUGAGGAGCAGUAAAGAUUCCAAGAGGGACGUAGAGAACAUCCAGCGUUACAUUGCAACAUGUUCAACACAGCGUAAUGAGCUUCAAAUCAGGCUAAAGCGGGAGCAGGAAGAGCAUCGCAAGGUUGUGGCGUCGAUGAACAAACAAGCAGCUGUGUGGAUCUCAGAGAAGAAGAGUAUACGUGGAAUGGAGACAACAAGUAGAACAGCCAAGAUACAAGCAGAGCCAGUAUUUGGAGGUGCGCGAAGGUUAAAGGCCCACCCCGUCAAAUUGAAUGAAGACCGACCAAGAGAUAUUCCUGUGGCGUCAUGGUGACGAAGAGGACGAUGAUUUUAGCAAACAGGGUAAGGUCAGAGGUGCCUUAUACCUUCAUAUAGUUAUAUAUACCUUCAUCAUGGUGCGGCCAUCUUGAUUUGCUCCCAUUCAAAUCAAUGUAAGGCCGUAUCCGAAACGACGAC